AUGAGGCUGUCCCCGGCGCCCCUGAGGCUGAGCCGGAGUCCAGCGCUGCUGGCCCUGGCACUGCCCCUGGCCGCGGCGCUGGCCUUCUCCGACGAGACCCUGGACAAAGUGCCCAAGUCGGAGGGCUACUGCAGCCGCAUCCUGCGCGCCCAGGGAACGCGGCGCGAGGGCUACACCGAGUUCAGCCUCCGCGUGGAGGGCGACCCCGACUUCUACAAGCCGGGAAUCAGCUACCGUGUAACCCUUUCAGCUGCCCCACCGUCCUACUUCAGAGGAUUCACAUUAAUUGCCCUCAAAGAGAACAGAGAGGGUGAUAAGGAAGAAGACCAUGCUGGGACCUUCCAGAUCAUAGAUGAAGAAGAAACACAGUUUAUGAGUAAUUGCCCCGUCGCGGUCACCGAAAGCACCCCACGGAGGCGGACAAGGAUCCAGGUGUUCUGGAUUGCGCCACCAGCAGGAACAGGCUGUGUGAUUCUAAAGGCCAGCAUUGUGCAGAAACGCAUCAUUUAUUUUCAAGAUGAGGGCUCUCUGACCAAGAAACUCUGUGAACAAGAUUCCAUGUUUGAUGGGGUGACGGACAAACCAAUUCUAGACUGCUGCGCCUGUGGAACCGCCAAGUACAGACUCACAUUUUAUGGGAACUGGUCCGAGAAGACGCACCCAAAGGAUUACCCUCGUCGGGCCAAUCACUGGUCUGCAAUCAUUGGUGGAUCCCACUCCAAGAAUUACGUGCUAUGGGAGUACGGAGGAUAUGCGAGCGAAGGUGUCAAACAAGUUGCAGAAUUGGGCUCACCUGUGAAAAUGGAGGAAGAAAUUCGGCAACAGAGUGAUGAGGUCCUCACCGUCAUCAAGGCCAAAGCUCAGUGGCCAGCCUGGCAGCCUCUCAACGUGAGAGCGGCACCCUCGGCUGAAUUUUCAGUGGACAGGACACGCCACUUGAUGUCCUUCCUGACCAUGAUGGGCCCCAGCCCCGACUGGAACGUGGGCCUGUCUGCAGAGGAUCUGUGUACCAAGGAGUGCGGCUGGGUCCAGAAGGUGGUACAAGACCUGAUCCCCUGGGACGCUGGCACCGACAGUGGGGUGACCUAUGAGUCACCCAACAAGCCCACAAUUCCCCAGGAGAAAAUCCGGCCCCUGACCAGCCUGGACCAUCCUCAGAGUCCUUUUUACGAUCCAGAGGGCGGGUCUAUCACUCAAGUAGCCAGAGUUGUCAUCGAGAGAAUCGCCCGGAAGGGGGAACAAUGCAAUAUUGUACCUGAUAACGUCGAUGAUAUUGUCGCGGAUCUGGCUCCAGAAGAGAAAGAUGAAGAUGACACCCCCGAAACCUGCAUCUACUCCAACUGGUCCCCGUGGUCCGCCUGCAGCUCCUCCACCUGUGACAAAGGCAAGAGGAUGCGGCAGCGCAUGCUAAAGGCGCAGCUGGACCUCAGCGUCCCCUGCCCGGACACCCAGGACUUCCAGCCCUGCAUGGGCCCCGGCUGCAGUGACGAAGACGGCUCCACCUGCACCAUGUCCGAGUGGAUCACCUGGUCGCCCUGCAGCAUCUCCUGUGGCAUGGGCAUGCGGUCCCGGGAGAGGUAUGUGAAGCAGUUCCCUGAGGACGGCUCUGUGUGCACGCUGCCCACUGAGGAGACGGAGAAGUGCACGGUCAAUGAGGAGUGCUCUCCCAGCAGCUGCCUGAUGACCGAGUGGGGCGAGUGGGAUGACUGCAGCGCCACCUGCGGGAUGGGCAUGAAGAAGCGGCAUCGCAUGGUCAAAAUGAGCCCGGCGGACGGCUCCGCGUGCAAGGCCGAGACCUCCCAGGCGGAGAAGUGCAUGAUGCCGGAGUGUCACACCAUCCCCUGCUUGCUAUCCCCGUGGUCCGAGUGGAGUGACUGCAGCGUGACCUGCGGGAAGGGCAUGCGGACCCGCCAGCGGAUGCUCAAGUCUCUGGCGGAACUCGGGGACUGUAACGAGGAGCUGGAGCAGGUGGAGAAGUGCAUGCUGCCCGAAUGCCCCAUUGACUGUGAGCUCACCGAGUGGUCUCAGUGGUCGGAAUGUAACAAGUCCUGUGGGAAAGGCCACAUGAUUCGAACCCGGAUGAUCCAAAUGGAGCCACAGUUUGGAGGUGCACCCUGCCCAGAGACCGUGCAACGAAAAAAAUGCCGUAUCCGGAAAUGCCUGAGAAAUCCAUCCAUCCAGAAGCUGCGCUGGAGAGAGGCCCGAGAGAGCCGGCGGAAUGAGCAGCUGAGGGAAGAGUCCGGAGGCGAGCAGUUCCCAGGCUGCAGGAUGCGCCCGUGGACAGCCUGGUCGGAAUGCACCAAACUGUGUGGUGGUGGGAUCCAGGAACGCUACAUGACCGUCAAGAAGAGGUUCAAAAGCUCCCAGUUUACCAGCUGCAAGGACAAGAAGGAGAUCAGAGCGUGCAAUGUUCACCCUUGUUAA